AUGAAGGCAUAUAUAUUUGACAACUCCCCGGGCGACCAGCGUCUCCCUCACGACUCGGGGCGCGCCGUAAGCAUUAACGAGUUAAACAAGCUUGGGGUGCUGUUCCUUUACCUCCCCGAGAUGGACGACGUCGAUAAGCUAGCGGCGGAGCGAGGCUACAAGAAUCGCGACGAAAUCACUAUAUCGCCCGCCGCGAUGGGAGCCGUGUAUAAGGAUAAGGUCAAAACAUUCUUCGACGAGCACCUACACGAGGACGAGGAGAUUCGAUAUAUCCGCGGCGGCCAGGGAUACUUUGAUAUCCGAAGUAAGGAAGAUGACUGGAUACGCAUUAAGCUUGAGAAGGACGAUCUACUAAUUCUGCCGGCGGGCAUCUAUCACCGUUUUACCACGGAUGAAUCUAACUGCGCCUCUCUCGGAUCCAUCAAGUGCGAUCUCGUUGAGGCCAUGUACAACGCCUGCCAGGGUGAGUAG